AAGGAGGAAACGAACGAACGAGCGGACAAAUCCCUCAGAUGCGAUGUGGUCCAACCGCGGGUCUGCGGACGAGCGGAGGGUCGGCAGCAGGACAUGGAGGUGGUCAACGGUGAGCGAAUCACCCUGGACCCCAGAACUGACUCUGUCUUCAGCCUCAGAUGAGAUGAGGCUGAACUCACUGGAUGGCCUCCCAUAUAUUCCUCCGCCCCGUCAGUUGCCUCGACUUCCAAGAACCCGUCCAAGAACUCUUCUAAGGUCUCAAACAACUUGGCCUCAUGACCCUUUUGUCCUACCAUCUGUCAUCCUGCCACCACCCCCAGCAUUAAGGAGCUUCAGUCUGACGUCUAGUCAGGAGAAGCUCUAUGACUCCCACGACCCCACGCUCAGAUUUGUAGAUAGAGAGGACGAGUUAGACUUUUUGUAUGAAGGGUUCACAUCUCGUAGAGCUCUGAUGUCCUGUGGUCAUGCUGUCACACCUACGUCUCUGACCAAUUGGUGUCUGAAGCUAUUGGAUGAUGGUGAGAGCAGGUUUGUGUGUGGACAAACUGGCUGUAACGUAGAAUGGUCUUAUGAGGAGGUUUGUAAAAUGGCUCUACUGACCCCUGAAGAAAAGAAGCACUUUGAAAAAGCCAUGAGCUCCAACGCUGCCAGAGCCAACACCAGACCAUGUCCUGGAUGUGAAUCUCCUGUGGUCAGAACUGACCUGUUUAAUCUCAGAGUUCACUGCUCAGUUUGCUCAGUGAACAGAAGUGGGAGCUAUGACUUCUGCUGGCAGUGUCUGAGGGAGUGGAAGGGUCCUGAUCCACGUUCAGACCGCUGUGACAACGAUGGCUGCUGCAACCAGUCAGUAAAGACACUGCUGACCUGCCCGUAUGCCGAGUUUCAGUCUGUGGAAGGAGUCAGUAGGUGUCCGUCCAUCAGAGCGUGUCCCACCUGUGGCAUCCUGCUGCAGCACGACAACACAGAGUGUAAAAACGUGGUCUGUCCUCGCUGUAAGGUGGAGUUUUGUUUUGUGUGUCUGAAGCUCACUGACAACUGUGUGAUAACAAGUGACGAAUUUGAACCAUGUUAUAGACGUGUGGCUCCCAGACAGACGUCUAUACCUGUUUGGUGGAAGUCCUGAUGGAACAUCAGCUAAAGUGAUGAGCUUCAGUUUUUCUCAAGUCUGAAAUAUUGGGUUGCAAGAAAACUUGCAUCACAACUAAUUCUAACCAUGUGAUCGUAGGGUCGUAGCCUUUCUCCUGCUGCUGGUUUAUUUGUUUUCUCCGCCAUUUCACCAACAGCUGCGUCAUUUUGCCAUCACGCUAUGCCGUAAAGCAUAAAGCAGCUCGACUAAUUGAUAACCGAAAAUCAUUAUCGAUUAUUUCUGUCAUCGUUUAUUGUCGAUGACAGAAAUAAUAAUAAUUAGUAUAAUCAAUAAUAAUUGAUUCGUUGUUGCUGCCCUACUGUAAACACACACUGUCCUCCAACAAUCAAUGUGCAUAUGCAUCUCUAAUGACCUGAGCAAGAGAACAGUUUAAAACAUAACUUAAUAAAUAAUCUUUCUUUAAAUAACAGUCAUGUUGUUCUAACUCUAAUACCUAGUUCCAAUUUUGUCCUCUGGUGGACUAGGAUCAUACUUAUAGUCAUAAAAUAAAUAUACAAAUAAAUAGACAAAACUAGAAUGGACACAUUGAGUUUGUCCAUGACAGUAACAGAGGAGUUUUUCUCUGUGAUAACAUUUCCUUAUUCAACUACUAAGCUUUGUUGUCUGUUAUCUGGGGUAAUAAUGGGAAAGUACCUGGGAUACAGCUGCUGGAAUGAGACCAGCCCAAUGUUUGACUAACAUGAAGGUCUGUUUACUGUAAAUGACUGUGAUUAUAAAAAACCAAUGCAAUAACAAAAUAUCAAUGAAACGUAAUUACUCAGAAUCUUUGGCUUUAUGUAGUCAAGGUUUGGACCAACAGCUCACUCUUAUACUCACAUCUAUGCACUUCAGUAUUUCCAAAAAUAAAUUAAAUUAAUUUUUUUUUUUUUUU